AUGUCCACACUCAGCAUGUCCACCGCCCAAGCCUCCUCAUCCAAGCUGCACGCUCAGACCGACGCACUAGCCGCGAAUGCCUCCAACCCGCUCGCGCUCGAAGCGCACCGAGACCGGUUCCACGAGCGCGCCUUGAAAGACGUCACUGUCAACAGCAACGAUGGCGGCAUGUCCCUGGAUUCUAGUAAUCCCCUAGCGGUCAAGGACGAGAUGGACGCGCAGAAGGAGUACUUUCGACGACUCAAGUUUACGCACCUCGAGCAGGAGGCGAAGCGGAAUUUCUUGUUUACGAUUAUGGGGGAUGAGCCGCAGGGUGUGCAGCCGGGGGAUAAUGAGGCUCUAGAGCAAAGGAACGCACAGCGCAAGGCCGCGCUCAAGGCGUUCAAGGCGGAGAUUGAGGCGAUGCGGACUGGGGCGAUCCAGCUUGCCGAGGAGAAUUCAGCACGAAGUAUGAAGGUGAAUGCAGAAGUCGCCGAGGCCCUGGCGCUGCAGAAGCAAAUAAGGGACAUGGAGCUUGAGCUGGCCCGCAUCAAGGCGACUCAUCCGCCUGAGAAUCGGUUGACGGUGAAUCAAGCGGGCGAGCUGCUGGAUGACCAAAUCGCCGAGAUGCAGCGGUUGACGGAUACCAUUGGGAGUACGUCUUACAAGGUCGACAAGGCACGGGAAGAGGUUGCUGCGACGACCAAGGAGGUCAAGCGGCUCGAAAGAGAACGAGAGCGAGAAGAAGCUCGGGCCAAAGAAGUUCGCGAGGGCCGAGAAGAAGGGGAUACAAAGGUGGAUGAGCUAUGCCGAUGGUUAUCUACUUCGAUGCAGCUGUAUCGCUCCCUCCUCGGUAUCCAGUCCGUCCGCGCGUCAACGAGAGGACCAUCACAUCUUCUCCACAUCACCUACGACGCUCCUUCUCUGGCGAAAUCCAGCUCCGGGAAGGCGAAGAAGGGAGCAGAUGCUGUGGAGCUUGUAUUGGAGUUUGAUCCGGCUUCGAGACGACUGCUAGAUGCUCAGCUUGACGGAAGCGACAUGGACAUUGGUGAGGCGGUAGGCAUCGCAGUUGGGUCGAAUGACGUGCCGGGGCUGGUUGGGGAUGUGCUCAUGCGCUUAAGGCCUAUCCAAGCAUAA